CAACGAACAGGGUUCCUUCUUCAGCGCCCCGACUGUAGGACUUCCAGUUGGACCGAACCUCCUCGCCCCGGGCCGGCCCGCGCACACCUGCGGCGCACAUUUUCCCACCAGCAGAGGCCCGGCGGGGCUUCGCCUCUGCGUGGCUGCUGUGGCUCAGGGCAGGGCCGAGGGCGCGGCCUCGUGUCUCUCCGGGCGGAUAUUGUACUCGUACAUAUCGCCCGCUGGAUCGGCCGCGCACGCCGCCAUGCCAGGCCGGCUGGGCGGGUCUCUGGGCUCGGCGACGGGGGUCUGUCCAUCCCCGAUCCUCGUGUCCGCGUUUUCCCUGGGCCACGGCAUCGCGAUGCGCCCGGAGGACGCCGGGAUCAACCCAGACCGUGGCGAGGAUGCAUAUUUCGUCGACUGCCAGCUCACACCGUGGAUGUGUGAGGCGCCCUUUGACUGCAUCGAGGCAAACGAGAACGUGUCUGACCUGUGGCGGCUUCGAUGGAAGGUGGCAGGCUGGGAUGGCCACUCCAACCCCAAGUCGUGGUGUGUGGACGACACUUUCUGGCAGAGCACGGUGAAGGAAUGCCUCAUCGACGCGCAGCCUAAGAAGGCCGCCGCGAGCAGGCGCAGUUUGCAGCUCAGCAGGGGCGGCGACGACGAAGACGCGAAGUACUGCUUCCUCGAGAAGCACUGCGUCGACGAUGAGAUCAACGAGCACACCACUGCUGAGCAGGCCGAGGCAGCCUGCACGAAGCGCUACGGGGACCGGUGGAAGCGCACCGGAUUGCAAGAUUUCUACACCGGCCUGAAGAAAGACGCGCGCAACACCAGCUACGUGUUCGGGGAGGCGGGCAGCCUCAUGGCGUCUCGCAGGGCGGCGGCCAAGUCCAGGAUAGCGUGCGCGCAGGGCAGCUUCCACUGCGACGUGGUCUACUGCAAGGAGGCCUACUGCAGUGACGGCGCGUACAGGUCGAGGUAUGCGAAGUACCUCUCCUGGGACUCCGCCUCGGACUGAGGAGGCCACUCCGUCCCGUGCUUCGGCAGGCCCGCGCUGGGGUGGGCCGUGUGCCGCAGGCGCAGCGCAGCGGUCGGCGGAGAGAGGGCCGCAUCUGGCGAGCGCUUCAGGCCUCCGUCCCUCGGGGCCAAGUGCAGGCCGUGCCGUGUGAGGAUGUACACACUGCUCUGUACGUUUCGUGGGUCAGGCGUUUUCGUCGCGCGCGCCCGCUGCACGCCUCUUGGGCCCGCGAGUCCCGUCCGCGGAGAGGCGUGCGCGCCCUGGGCCACGGCAGAGGCGCAUCCUGGGCCGCGGCGCUCGUGCCGGGCGGCGUGCCGCCGCACGCGAGCUGGCGAGGCGCCCCGCGGAGCCCUCGC